UUGGAUUAAAUCCGAGACUUGCCCUAAACUUUGCUGGUAAUCCAUGCCCAUACCCAUCGUCUACACCCAUCAUCUGAGUCCACCCUCACGAGCGGUGGAUCUCUGUGCUGCCGCUUUGGGAAUCGAUUUGGAACGCAAGGUUUUAAAUCUGUUCCAGGGGGAUCAUUUGAAGCCGCGGUUUCUCCAGAUGAAUCCCCAGCAUACGAUACCGGUGCUGGACGACGAUGGAACAAUCGUACGAGACAGCCAUGCCAUCAUGAUUUAUCUGGUGUCCAAAUACGGCAAGGACGAUAGCCUUUAUCCGAAAGAUUUUGCCAAGCAGGCCAAAGUCAAUGCCGCAUUGUGUUUCAACUGUGGAGUACUGUUCGCUCGUUUCCGGUUCGUAGUUGAACCUAUUCUCAUGGGUGGAAGCGACAUCCCCUUGGAAAAAAUUGCUCUCAUGGAUGCGGCCUAUCAACUACUGGAGGAUAGUUUAGUGGAUGACUAUUUAGCGAGCAAUUCCCUAACCAUUGGGGACCUCGGUUGUGUGGCAACGAUUUCGACGGCGAUGGGUCUCAUUCCGAUGGAUCGUGACAAGUACCCAAAGAUCUACGAUUGGUUGGCAAAAAUACAGACCCUCCCCUAUUAUGAGACGGCCAAUGGACGUGGAGCUGUAGAGUUUCCAAAUAUUGUUCGCAACCUGAUGGAGACAAAUUCUCAUGAAGCCUAAUGUAACCCAUUUUAAGAAGAACUGAAAAGCAAUAUGAUUCAUAAAUAAAUGCAUUUAUUCGUUGCAAUCGUAUUACAUAUUGCU